AUGGCGAUUACGAAGACUCUGUCGUCAAGGACCUCGGGGUUGCGCGUGGUAAAAAAGCGCGGCAACUACAGCAGCACCGAUCAGGCGGGAGAGCGUCAGGCGAGGCGUCUGUCAUUGAUGGCGAGAAACCGGAAGGCUGGGAAGCAGAGGGCAAAUAAUGACGAUACGGGAUCGGGUCUAGCGGUGUCGAGGGCGUAUGGCUUCUGGAGGUUAGAUAGAUAG